UUCAGUUAAUUAUUUCUUUCGUGUUUUGGGUGAUCAGUUAGACGACAGAUCUGGUCCAUCUGGACUUACGUAACUUGCACAUGGCUGUAACCACGAUGGGAGUCGGAAAGUCAUAAGUAAAAACUCUACUCAAUCUCAAAGUAAGAGAGGCCAAAUUUUUGGCUGGCGUGGAUGAUGACAUGUUUGACACCCAUGAAAAAGGACAAUUUUUCACCGACGGAACCGAGUUGGCAAAAUUUUUUCUCGAGAAAAUUGGUUUCAAUUUUCGCGGUAAAACAUUAACUCUGGGCUAGUUCGAACUGCAGUUUGUCAAAGUCAAAACAUUUUAAUAUUCCCUCAGCGUGCGGACAUAUCAUACUCGCCAUCUUAGGGAGCACGUGUUCUGAAUCCUCCAAAGUGGCAUGUCGCCUCCAGCGAGUAUCAUUAACUUUAUCAGUCGAGAGAGUUGAGAUGGUUCCGAGGUGUUUCACCGAACUUGAUUUUCAGCCAUAAAAGCAGAGGCAACAGGAGCGGUUGCCACAUAAAAAAGGUUGCGUUUCCGGCUUUCUCCCUUGUCCCUACACAGAGUAUUGCUGUCUUUGCUUUGGAUGCUUCAGAAUUAGAGUUCGAGAAACCUUUUACGACGAAAGAGAAAAAUGGAGAGAUUGCCUGGUGACAUCUGUCUCAAGAUUUUCUGUUUCUUGGAUCAUCAGAAUCUUGCAACUGCUCAACAAGAAGCUAGGAAGGCAUGCCAAUGAACGUUGCAAUUUGGUAUGAAAAAGUUUGCAGGAAGUGGAAGGUCUUGGCCUCACACAACAUGCUGUGGUCUAAGCUAUUCAGACAGAGAUGGGGAAUUGAUCAAGCUGCGUUCUAUGCCCCUAAUCCUAUAGAUGCAAGAUCAUGGAAAGAUGUGUACGAGACACAAGACCGAUGUGAUCGAGUUGGGAUAGGGCUGAAGAUAAUCAGAGAAGGUGGUGACUACUUUCUUGUACAUCAAGGUGAAAUCCAACGGUACUUGGGUUCAAGGAGAAAAAGGAGAGGGGUGAAAGAUAGUCCUUCGAGUUCAACAACAGAGUUGGGGGUGGAAGACGCUAUGAAGGUGGAGGAACCCAGUCGAGGGAUUCUUGACAAAAUCCUGUUUUUCCUAGGGGACUUGGAAGCAGCUUCUGCAGAUGCCAAACGUGGAAGGUUGCUGCUGUGACCAUCUUCAAGGCGUCGAAGGCAAAUAGUUUGAACUUCAAGUUUCAAUUUUUUUGUUUUUUGUAUAUACAUGUAGCAUUACAAAUAACAAUUAUUGGAUAAUGUUAUUGCAUGUAUAGCUAUUGUAAUGGAAGCGUCUCUUGUUUCAUCAUUCUUGUUUCUUUUAUCGA